UGUACUAGUUGUCUAUUGCACAGAUUUUAUUAAUGUGGUUGGUGGUCCUAAAUUGUGAAGUUCCUCAAAAAUGGAUUUGUGUUGAGAAUUUAGAUACAAACUGAACAUAGCACUUGGUAAAGAUGCAAUGAAAUUGUUAUGUUUACAAAAUAACACAUCGAGUCAAAUUGUAACCACUGCAUAAAUCAAUGUUUGCUUGCUACUGUCAAUGAACUAUUACAAUGGGAGACGUAAUAAUACAUUGUCCUUUAUGUUGCAAUCAAACCUUUAAUUCAAAGCAUGAUUUAAUUGAACACUUAACAAACGUUUUAUCAAAUUUAACUUGUCCAAUUUGCCAAGAUAAAUUGGAGACGUUAGAUCACCUCAAAGAGCAUUUGACUCAAGACGAAUGUCAAGAAGUAAAUUUACAAGACAAUACUUGUGAUAAAGAUGUUAUUUGUUACAAGCAUGAAGACAAUGCAGAAAUAGAUAGCCAAGAUAAUAUAGAAGAGAUAGAUACAGCAAAUUCAUUAUCUCACAAUGGAGAAGUUGAAACUAAUGAGAAUUCAGUUUAUGUGGAGUUAUUAGAUGAAAUAAAGCAAACUCCGCAAGGACAAGAACUAAGGCUCAUUAAAGACAGUAGUGAUAGAUACAUGAUAGUGACGGAUGAUGUGUCACUAUUGAACACUGGCAGUACUGUUGUAAAACAAAAUAAUGAUGGUACAAUAUCUAUGACUGUUGAAGAACCAAAAGUAGAGGAAAUUGAUGAUAAUCAAACAGAAGUUGUUGACAAUGUGUCUGAUCAAAAUAAUGAUGGAUUAUAUUCAUGUAACACAUGUGGCGUUUCGUUUUCUUCAGUUCUAGAACAUAUACAAACUUAUCAUAAUGAUCAGGAAGUGGUUGUAGAGGAGCAAUUAGAUAGCAAUAUGGCACUAGAGUAUGAAAAUACAGAUGAGAAUAACAUUAGACAGAUUGACAAUGACAAGCAGACAUCGCGACGGAUGAUUACAGAUGCUGGUGUUAUUAUUGAAACACCCUCUGAGACUCCGGCGACUAGUGAGGUUCGGAAGAAAAAGAUUGAUAAAAAUGUGCCAUACCAUAGAGUUGUGAUAAAAGAAAUGGAAACAGCCAUAGGCAAUAAAAUCAAAUUUUACAAAUGCACAUUGUGCAAUGUUCAUGUUUCAGUUUUAUCCGAGUUUAAAAAUCGUCCUUGUAAAGCUUUGCGAUACCCUUGUCUGCUCUGUCCAGUUGCUUAUGAUAACCAAAAAUCACUCAGUGCACAUAUGAAAGUGCAUAAAACAAAGCCAGAUGAAGUAAAUAUAGUAGAUGUUCCAACAACGUUUGUAUGCAAUAUUUGUUCGACAGUAUUCCCGACAAGGAAGUCAUUAAAGUUACACAAGCGAAUGCAUGAUCCAGUUAAGUCCCGUCCAAUAGAGCCUCCGGUACAGACACUCGAAGGAAAUACGGGGAGUGAACAGAAGUAUGUUUGUUCGGUUUGCUUCAAACUGAUACCUGAAGACUAUCGAGAGAUACACGAGAACUCGCACGUGAACCCCACCAACAAAGUUAACUGCGACAUUUGUAAUAAGAAGUUUCAAUCGAUGCAGGAUCUAAAGAUGCAUAUGAAUGUACAUAAUAUAGAUAAGGUUUUCUCUGGAAAAGAAGAUACAUCAUUACCUUACAAGUGUUUAUAUUGUAAUAGAAAGUUUGCUAGACCACAUGAGAAAGUUAAACACGAAAGAAUUCAUACAGGUGAGAAGCCGCAUACUUGUGAGAUCUGCGGCAAGUCGUUCCGUGUUUCGUACUGUCUCACACUACACAUGCGCACGCACACCGGCGCGCGUCCCUACACCUGCCCACAGUGCGGGAAGAGGUUCAAAGCUCACAGUGUGUACAAUCAUCACCUCCUAACACAUUCAGAAGUGCGGGCGUACAAAUGUCCGCUUUGCCCCAAGGCCUUCAAGACGUCCGUUCAACUCGCAGGUCACAAGAACUCACACACGAAACCUUUCUCAUGUACGCAGUGUAAUCGACCAUUCGCAUCCCUGUACGCUGUAAGACUGCAUACGGAGGUGCAUUUACGAGAGAACAUUCUCAAGUUCUCGUGUUCUCUGUGUGGUGCGAGCUACGCGAGGGCUUUCGCGCUAAAAGACCACAUCAAGCAAGCGCAUAAAGACGCAGUUGAUAAUAAUCUGAUCAAUGUGAAAAACGAUUGGACGAUUCGAGUACAGGACGGCGAAGCAGACGACGACUUGGUUGUUAUUGGUCUUGACAAACAAUUGUCUCCAGAGAUUGAAACUGAUUCGAAUGCGCCCGAGAUGAUAAUUCCUUAACCAAUGUUGCUGAAUUUGGAAUAGAUGGAAUUUCUUUUAUAUAUUGUUUUGUUACUGUGACUUUCGUCUGUCGAUGCACUUAUAUCGUUAUCUCUUUUAUCCUCUUUGAAAUAAGAGAGACAACAAUGUGUGUCAAUACAAGUGUCGGUGCAGUGGAAUUUCACAGUAUUAUAAACCGACAAUGUUAUCUGACCCGGUGAAAAUAAGUUUUAAUAAAUUAUGCGAGUGAGCUAAUUUUU